AUGCCUCACGUGGUUAUAUUAGGUGGCUCUUUCGCCGGCUGCAAUGCUGUCAAAACGCUUUAUUCACUCGCUCCAGACCUCGAAUUGACCCUUAUCUCGCUGUCUUCCCAUGCCUACUUCAACUGCGCGGCUCCAAGGCUUCUUGUGGAGCCAGAGACUUUGGAGAAGACCUUGUUUUCGCUUGAUACGUUUGUCCAGAAACAUUCCAAGGGCAGAGGAAGGUUCGUGCAAGGCACAGCCACCAAAGCUAAUUUGGAAAAGAAGGAAAUCGAAGUCGAUGCCACUAACGGCAACAAGACCAUCACUUAUGACUACCUAGUGAUUGCUACAGGCACCAAGAGUCUGGAUAAGGGGUUCAAGGUGAACCAGUCCCAUGAAGAGGCCAGCGAGGCAAUUCUCGAUUGGGGCAAGAAAAUUAAGGCUGCUGAGACAAUUGGUAUUUUGGGUGGUGGUCCUACUGGUGUGGAGUCUGCGGGAGAGAUUGCCCAUGAUUUAAAGAAGAAGGUGACUGUUUAUACUGGCGAUAAAGAGCCAUUGAGUGUGGCAAAGUUGGGUAAAGGUACCCAGGAUAAGCUUGAAAAAUUAGGAGUUGAGGUUAUUAAUAACGUCAGGUACAAAGAGAUCAUUCCACAAGAUUCUGGCGCUUCGCGUGUGGUGUUUGACAAUGGCUCGGAGCGCACCUUUGAUGUCAUAUUGAAUACCACGCUCUAUGUACCGUUCCUGGACUUCCUUCCUGAUGAAGUUAAAAACGACAAGGGCUUUGUCAAUGUCGACGACCGGUUAGUAGUGAAAGGGUUCCCUGAGGUUUUCGCCUUGGGUGAUAUUGUGGCAGGAGCCGCUCAGUCCAUUGUGGAUCUUAAAUUUGGCCAGUUACCAGUUUUCGCAGCCACUGCGAAAGCAGACAUUUUCGGUCAAGAGACCAAGUCCAUAAGCUACUCGCCUGUGCGCAGUACAAUCAUCGUUCCCAUCUCGAGAAAAGGUGGAGAAGGGCGUCUCUUCGGAUGGCAUAUUCCAAGUUUUGCCGUCUGGCUUAUUAAGGCACGUACCUUUAUGGUGGACAAAGCUUCUGGCGACUUUGCCUGA